UAUAUAUAUAUAUAUAUAUAGCAGUCUGGUUUUAGUCUUCGAUAAGAAUCUUAUCUCACCCCCUGAUGCCCGGUCUGCAUCCCCUUGAAACGUGGCGAGUAAACUUCUAAGAAAAAAAGCUGCAGGACCAACUUCCGCUAGCCUUAAAAGUUUGAACAGCAGAGCGCGGAGCGAGGACAGAGCGUCUUGGGAAGAGUCUCUCUGGAUGGACACGGCGGGCACGAACAAAACUAACUCCGGACUAAAGCCACUACGGGACGGCUUGUUGCUCUGGAUCUUUGUAGGGGGGUGUCUGGCGGAGUGUGAUGUGUGCAGCAGGUACUGCUGUGAUGGCUCUCCUCCCUUCUGCUGUUCUUACUACGCUUAUAUCGGCAACGUCCUCUCGGGCACCGCCAUCGCAGGGAUCGUGUUUGGCAUCGUGUUCCUGAUGGGAGUGAUCGCUGGUGUGGCCAUCUGUAUCUGCAUGUGCAUGAAGAGUGGGCGGAGCUCCCGCGUGGGUGUCUUCAGGACCGCUCACAUCAGCACCAUCGGGGGCUAUCCGGCACCUCCUCCUUACAGCUGUGAGUUUGAGAUGGAUUACCAUGCCGACCUGCCACCUCCCUACACCUCCACUCCUCCCAGAACUGUCCCCUACUCUCCCCCUCCACCCUACCCAGGAUACUCGAGGAAAUAGCCCCUCCACCUCCUUCCCAGCUCUACACCUCUCACACUGUACACAACGAAAACUAGGGAGCUGAAGAGGACUACUAGAAGACAGCACAGCCCCCUGCUGGGUCGAACUGAGCACUGAGAAACCAUACCUGGGCCUUGUAAGGGACAAGCAGACAGUUUUAAGAAAAAUUAGUCUGUUCCUCAUAUUGGAAGGCAUUUCAAAUGUAAAUCAAUGUUUAAUUAGUGAGCUUCCAUUAUGAAUGUGUUGACCUCUCAUAAACCCUACUGUGGCUAAGAAAUGUGCUUGGUUACAGGUGUGGCAUUAAGAUUGAGCUUUUUUUAUAGGUAGUUCUGUCACCAGCAAUUUUGGAAACCUGUGAAAAAUGCAGAUGUUAGGUGAAGAUACAUAGUAAGACCGAGCUAGGGAUGUGUCCAUUUCAAUGCAGGCAGAGCGAGAUAAAGACUUCACAUGUUUAAUUUAAUUUUAGGAUGGAAUAAUAACAUGCAUUCUAGCCACAGUUCAACCCUCUAUGUUAAGGAGCAGUAAAUGGAUUUGCAUAUUUAUUGCUCCUUGAAAUAAUAUGCCUGAAGCUGAUGCCACAGAAACAAGGAAUUGAUGUGGUCCAAUUCAACAAAUAAAGUAGUGGUAAGACAUAUAUUUAGAGUUAAUUAAUCAUAUGACCACGUUUUAUCCGUACGCGCCUUGGAAGUUGUAGAUCAGCAUGGUUGUUUGAGGUGUCUUAAGUUGCUCUUGCAACGUUCUGUGUGGAAAACAUCAGUGUUGGAGGGAAUAGUGUUCUAAUAUUCUGUAUAUAAUCAUGCGCAUUUUAUUCAUGUCAAAAAAGAGUUAACACAUUUAUAAUGCUGCAUCAAAACAGCUGUUUUGUGCAUCUAAGUUGUUCAAAAACGGCUUUGUUUAAGCAAUUUUGUUUAGUAACAAUUGACUGAAUGUUCUGUUUUUUUUUUUGUUUUUUUAUUUAAUAUUAAUGUUGGAUUGACAUUGUAUAAAAUGUUUACUUGAUCUGGUGUCUUUCAACACAGUUGCAAAAGAAGUUUGAAUUGUUUUAGUAGAAGUCUAGUUUCUGAAGAUCAGGGGCACAAGGAAAGAACAAAAACAUAUUCAGAGUGAUAUUGAUGAAGCUGAUGAACACUGUAAAAUAAAAACAUUACAGUACUAAGUACUAUACUAUAGAAUUGAAUAAAACCUUGUAUUGUUUACUAUAGUUAAUGCUACGUCUUCAGAAUAGAAACAUCUGAGGGAGUGCCUUUGUUUGUUUAUUGCUGUGGUCGAACACCAGUUUGGAAUCCCAAUGAAAGUGAAUGGCAGAGUUUUAUUUUGGUGUAUCAUAUGGUCUACUGCUAUAUCCUUUAGUUCUGGCCACUGUUAUAGAAAUGUGGCAUGCAUACAAUGUAUGUGGACCAUACUGUACUGUUUUAUAAUUUAUUGUUAAAACAUACUGAAAAAUAUGAUGCACAUGGUUUGCACUGACUGUGUAUUGAUAAUUGACUUUAUGGGGUUAGUUAAUUUGAGCAAAAAAAUAUAGCGGAGGAGGAACACGCCAGACAUUUGUUAAAGACAUUUUCAGAACAUGUUUUUGAAUAAUCUGGCUAAAAUCUGAGCAACUUGCUAUAAACUGUAAGUAAUUUAGAUGUCCUCUCCUGCGCUAAAAUAUUCACAUAGGUUGCAGUGGACUACAGAAUUUAAUAUAAUAAUCCUAUGGAUACAAUAGUAUAUAUAAAAUGUCAUUAAGUUCUCAAAGGAUAUGGGAUUACACUGGACGAACAAAGAGGACUGCUUUUAUUUGGUAGUAUGGACGAACACAAGUCGCAGCUUGUAUACUAUUGUUUUUUUUUUUUUUUUUUAAGUUCCUCCGUCCUCAGCAACAUUAGCAUCCAUGCUGUGCGUGUUGUGGUUAAUUAAGACUGACCUACAGAAAUGGCACUGAAGGAUUGCCUGAGCUUGACUGUCCCUAUAGCAGAAUUGUCGUUUUUAUCUGCGUUCUGUCCAGAAAGACAUCUGAAGAAGAGUUAACCUUCUGUCAUGAACACAGGAUUGAUAACUAUGUGCAGAGAGAGAGCAAAGCAAAGCCUUCAUAUCUGUUGAACCCACUUGUGUUGUUUCUAAGCAGCAUGAUGGGGAAUGUCUGCGCCUGGAUUUUGGUUAAAGAUGGAUGGGACUGCAGAUGUUUUCCAGCUAUGAUUUGAAUACUCUCUUUUUUUUCUCUUGUAACAUACCAGGUUCGAUAAUGGAAAUGACCUUCGUAAUUGUUUUAACAGUUGAAAAUAUCUGAAGGUCUGAAAGUUUAGAAUUCACCUUGAGAAUAUAUUUAGCAGACCAAAGUGAUUUAAUUGUUCCUGAGAUAAGCACAAAUGAUGAAUCAAUAAAAUAAAUGUGUGUA